CUCGAAGUGUACUCUAUAUAUCAUCAUGCACUGAGUCUUCUUUCUCCUGUACAACUGUAGAGGCUUUGAUCUGUUACAGGAUGAGCCCGACCUGUGAUUCCCUGUGAUUCUACCUUGCUCUCGGCUCCCAUAUCUGGCACGAGUAAUCUUGCAUUUUGUUGGUCACUUCGUUCUUUGACGGACUGGGAAUUGGUUUUCUCCCCCAAAAGGGCCUUGUGACGAGACCCUGAUUGGAGGAGUACUAGUGGUGUUCCUAAGUAGUUGUAUAUGGAUUCUUCCACAAAUUGAGGGAAUUUUUGUUGUCAGGCUCAAGACAAGCACUUAAUCCUUGCUGCAACAGUUGUCGAAUUGCUCUUGCACAGUUGUUUCAUCUUUUUCUUUCUUUACAAUUCAUCCUUCCGGUGUUUGCGUUUGGUUUGGAGAAUCUCGAUCCUUGAACUCUCUAGAGAGUUUUAAGCAUCUGUUCCUUUUGGCCUUGAGCAAUUACUGAGCUGUGCCUAUUUUCCUGUUAUGGAUUCAAGAGCAGUGGUAGCAUCUCAGUCAUGUGGAGGAUGGUCGUGUUGUGUGCUAGCUUUUCGAAGAUUUGGGGGUUGAGGAAUGAUGUGAAGCCAGCCAUGGCCGGCUCUGCUGAUGGUUUUGUUGUGUGGAAGGAUUUCCCCAGGGGUCUCAAGAUUCUCCUCCUCGACAAAGAUGCGCCAUCCGCUGUCGAAACGAAGUCGAAACUCGAAGAAAUGGACUACGUUGUUUCUUUGUAUCAUAAUGAGGAAGAUGCACUGGAAGCAAUUUCAAAGGAGGCUGAGAGCUUUCAUGUUGCUAUUGUGGAGGUGACAACUAGUGAUAACUGUGGGAGUUUCAGGUUUCUUGAGAUGGCUAAAGACAUUCCUACCAUUGUUAUUUCAGAUGUACACUGCCUAAGCACCAUGAUGAAAUGCAUAGCGCUUGGUGCAGCAGAGUUUCUUCAGAAGCCAGUCUCUGAAGACAAGCUCAGGAACAUAUGGCAACAUGUGGUUCAAAAGGCCUUCAAUGCAGGGGGCAAUGAAUUAUCCAAAUCACUGAAGCCUAUUAAGGACACCGUGGUUUCCAUGCUCCAAAAACAGUCAGAAACAGAUGAGCACAAAAUUAAAGAAAAAGAAUCAGAAAAAGAUGACAAAUAUGGUUGUGAGAAAACAAUGGAAAAUGACAGGUUCUCAGCACCAUCAACUCCACAACUGGAACAAGGAGGAAGGUUUCCGACAAAUGGAGAGUUUCAGGAAAUAACACACUGCUCAAUUGCUAAAGAAUUGCCACAACCAGGGAAGCACAGUAGCUCAGUGUCAAAAUCUGUCGGUAAUACAUGUGAUAAUUCAGUUAGCAUUGCUAACAAUAAGGAUGUCUUGCCUUCUAAAGCUGAAGCCGAAGAAGAAGUGAAUUCGAUCGAUGGUUCUAAAACUGAUGAGUGCAGUGCUGUUAAAGAACGUUUUCUACCUUCUCAUUUUCAUAGCGUGGAUGAUCUACAGAAAAACAGAUUGUCCUAUUCAGAUGGUGCCAGAAACAACAGAAAGAAAAUGAAGGUAGACUGGACUCCGGAACUUCAUAGGCAGUUUGUUCAGGUAGUAGAACAGCUGGGAAUAGAUCAGGCAAUUCCCUCCAAGAUUGUCGAACUGAUGAAGGUGGAGGGUCUAACAAGACAUAAUGUUGCUAGCCACUUGCAGGUUCACACAAAACAUUCACUUUUGAGGAGAAAGUAUCGGAUGCAUAGAAGACAUGUUUUGCCAAAAGAUGAAGAUAGGAGAUGGCAAGCAGAUAAAGAUCCUACUCAAAGGGGCUACAUACCAAGGCCAAUUUUGGCCUACCCUCCGUAUCAUACCGAUUGUGGUGCUCCGACAAAUCAGAUUUAUCCCUUUUGGGUUCAUCCAAAUUACCACACCCAUGGUGUCGGUCAAGCUGGUUAUACAAGAUGGCAUCCACCUCCUCAAAGUUGGCCCUGGAAGACCUAUCCUGUGGUUCAUGCUGAUGCAUGGGGCUGUCCUGUUUUUGUCACCCAAUAUGGCCAGUAUCCGAUGUCUUCACCAAUUGCACAGCUGCAGAGAUCCCUGAUGUAUAGCGAUUUUGAUACGAGCGGAGACAGCAAUGAGAUGUUUCAAGAAUCCUAUGAUCUGCAUCAGGUGGAAGAGGCGAUCGAUCGUUCCAUAAAAGAUGUGAUGAGCAAGCCAUGGCUCCCCCUUCCCCUAGGCCUCAAAUCACCAUCCGCCGAGGUGGUGCUCGCGGAGCUCCACCGGCAGGGCAUCUGCGCCAUCCCUCCCUCCACCCCCUCUACUGAUCCCCACUCCUGUGGCUGACUCGGCCGCCGGAGCUGAUGGGCUCGGCCUAAUCGGUGGCUACGGGGCUUAAUUCAUCAUCUCAUGAGAGCAUAAUGGGGAUUGUGGCUGUGAAUAGAAGUCUGCUGUUGUUAAACCAAGACAUUGGGUCCUCAUUUGUGUGACUCUGCUUUAUCCUUUUGGCCUCUCCCUUCAAGAAUUAUGUUAUUUGCCAGCUUUCUGCAAGCAGUGUAUUGCUACAAAGUGCAUACAUACCAGCAAAGAUGACCCUCUUAGGACAU